AUGGGUAUCCAGAAGAAGCAUGGAAAGGGUCGUCUCGAUAAAUGGUAUAAAUUGGCCAAGGAGAAGGGGUACCGGGCCAGAGCUGCAUUCAAGUUAAUUCAGCUAAAUAAGAAGUAUGGGUUUUUGGAGAGAAGCAAGGUCCUGCUGGAUCUCUGCGCUGCGCCUGGAUCAUGGUGUCAAGUUGCAGCAGAGACCAUGCCAGUUGGCAGUCUCAUCGUUGGAGUGGAUCUCGCUCCUAUAAAGCCUAUACCCAGAGUUAUUUCUUUCCAGAGCGAUAUCACGACCGAGAAAUGUCGAGCUACGAUCCGCCAGCAUUUGAAAACAUGGAAAGCCGAUACAGUUCUGCACGAUGGAGCGCCGAAUGUUGGUACUGCGUGGGUUCAGGAUUCUUUCAAUCAAGCGGAAUUGGCUCUCCAGUCCAUGAAACUUGCCACUGAAUUUCUUGUGGAAGGAGGAACUUUUGUCACGAAGGUGUUCAGAUCAAAGGAUUACAACAGUCUUCUUUGGGUCUUCAACCAGCUAUUCACGAAAGUUGAAGCUACGAAGCCCCCUUCGUCCAGAAAUGUGUCUGCCGAAAUUUUCGUGGUGUGUCAGGGUUUCAAGGCACCGAAACGAAUUGAUCCUAGGUUCUUGGAUCCCCGCUCUGUCUUUGCGGAGCUAUCAGAUCCUACGCCAAACAAUGAAGCGAAGGUUUUCAACCCGGAAAUCAAGAAGCGCAAGAGAGAUGGUUAUGAGGAGGGGAAUUAUACGCAGUUUAAGGAAGUCCCGGCCAGCGAGUUCAUCCAGACCACUGAUCCUAUCGCCAUCCUGGGAAGUCUAAACCGUUUGAGCUUUGAGCAACCUCCUAAUGGCGACGUCGCGCUCGCUGCUCUGGACAAAUUGCCAGAAACCACACAAGAGAUCCGUGACUGCUGUGCCGAUCUCAGGGUGCUUGGAAGGAAAGAAUUCCGUAACCUGCUGAGAUGGCGAUUGAAGGUUCGAGAGAAGUUCGGCUUCGCCACGAAGAAGACUACCAAGGAAGCUGCGGGAGAGGAGGUCGCGGAAGUGGAGCCCAUGGAUGAAGAGCUGAAGAUCCAGGAGGAGCUACAGGCACUGCGCGACAAGGAGAAUGCACGGAAGAAGCGAGAGCGACGAAGGGAGAACGAGAAGAAGCAGAAGGAGAUAAUCCGAAUGCAGUUACACAUGACGGCACCGACCGAGAUCGGUCUAGAGCAAGCAGGGCCUACAGGCGACGGAGCAAUGUUUGCACUGAAACCUAUUGAUAAGGAGGGCGCCGUAAACAAGAUUGCCAAGGGGAAGAUGGCUAUCCUGACAGAGGCGGAGGCUCGAAAAGAUUUUGACAGCGGGUUUGACGACGCAGAGACAGACGAGGAGAGCGAUUCCGAAGCGGACCAGCUUGACCGAGAGCUUGAUUCCAUGUACGAGCAGUACCAGGAACGGAAAUCAGAAGUCGACGCGAAGUACCGGGCGAAGAAAGCACGCAAGGAGCAUGAAGACGGGGACUGGGAGGGCUUCUCAGCAGACAACCGUUCUAGCGACGAGGAUGAGCUUGAGGAGGACAGCAGUGACUCUUCAGAUGAUGAGGAGGGUCCUUCAAGACGCCCACUCCUGACCGAUCUAGACCGGAGCGAGAAGAAGGCCGGCGGCCUCUCCAAGCGCGCGGCCCAGUUCUUCGAUCAAGACAUCUUCAAAGACAUCGGCGGCAUCCCAGCCGAGCCUGAGUCUGAAGAGCUCCCCGACGACGACGAAGCCGAGAUCGACGCGCAUCUCGACCAGCUGGCUUCGCUGCGGCCGAACAAGGUCACGGAGGAGGACUCGGAAUCCGACAUACCUGCCGCGGCCGAAGCAGAGCCGUCUUCCGCCAGCGACUCAGAAGAUGGUUUCGAGGUCGUGAAACGCAAAUCUGAAACCCAAUGGGAAGAUGAGGACGAGCCUCGCAAGGAUGGAAAACUCGACAUCGAGAUCAUCACCGCCGAAGCCAUGACGCUCGCGCAACAACUCGCCUCUGGCGAACGCUCCAAGCACGAUCUCAUCGACGCCUCCUUCACCAAGCACAGUUUCAAAGACCGCGACGGGCUGCCGGAAUGGUUUCUCGACGACGAAGCGCGGCACGACAAGCCGCACCGGCCCAUAACCGCCGCCGCGGCCGCCGCACUCAAAGAAAAACAGCGCGCGCUAAACGCGCGCCCGAUCAAGAAAGUGCGCGAGGCCAAAGACCGGAAGAAAUUCCACGCCGCGCAGCGGCUCGAGAAGCUGCGCAAGAAAUCGGCGCUCCUAGCGGACGAGGAGGGCAUGACGGAGAAGGAGAAGGCGCAGAGCAUCGCGAAGCUGAUGAGUCGCGCGGCUAAGAAGAAACCGAGAAAGGAAGUGAAAGUGGUCGUUGCUCGCGGUGGCAAUAGAGGGAUUUCCGGGAGACCGAGAGGUGUGAAGGGGAAAUAUAAGAUUGUGGAUGCGAGGUUGAAGAAGGAUGUUAGGGCGGAGAAGAGAGCGGCGAAGAGGAGGAAGUGA